AUGAAUCCGUCGCCAGAUAUUGCCUCAUAUGGGGCUGGAGUCGGGGUAUCUCAGACCGGUAUGGGAUACUACCUUGGAGGAUGGAUAAGUAAUGCCUCAAUGAGCGGAUGGACUCAGCCACGAACAAUGAGCUCAAGUUUCUACGCGUACGAUUACGAGGCGGACAUCUUUACCCAGAAAACUAGCCCAGGGGGCAGCAAAACAAGAGCAGAAGGUGCCAUGGUAUGGAUCCCGGCAGGCGAUCCCCUUGGCCUGCUUGUAUACAUGGGAGGUUUUGUCAGUAAUUCCAGCAACGGGACAGUGGAACCCCAGCCGCUCGACAAGAUCUUUGUGUUCGACGCCUCGGCCGACAUAUGGUACACUCAGACAGCAACUGGCGAGAUACCGCAAAAUAGACGCCAGUUCUGCAUGGACGUGGCCUGGGCACCUGACAAAUCAAGUUUCAACAUCUACCUCUGGGGAGGCCUGAGUGUACCGCCCCCCGUCGUCAACACCACUGCAUUUAAUGAUGUAUACAUCUUGACGCUCCCGUCAUUCGUCUGGAUCAAGUCGGAGCCUAAAGGUCAUGGGAAUGACUCGUUCCCCAGAGGCCACUACAGUGCUUCCUGCAACAUGGUCAAGUCAAUGUCCCAGAUGCUUAUAAUUGGUGGUACCUACCCCUACCCGGACGUUGGCUGCGAUAUUGACGACGGCUCAUGGGCGCAACACGACUUUUGGACAGGGACGCUCCAUAAUGCAGGAGAUGACAAAACACACUGGGCGCUGUUCCAGCCAAACUACACCGACAAUGUCGUACCCAGCGAUGUUUACAAUACCAUUGGUGGGAACAGGUACGGCACCGCAACGCAGACGAGCCCCAAAGGAGGAUAUGACCCUCAAAACACGGCCCUCAGGAACUUGAUGGGAAUGAGAGAACCGAAAGACACGCGAAGCGCAACUCGCCCUAUAACUUCCCCAACCAUCACACCUACGCCCACGCCCACGCCCACACCAACACCCGUCCCGAGCCAGGGUCUGUCUGGUGGUGCCAUUGCCGGCAUUGUUAUUGGCAGUCUUGCAGGGGUAGCCCUUCUGCUGUUUGUGUGGUUCAUCAUGGGCAGGAAGAUCGUUCGCCGUCGAAAAGAACGGCGGCAAUCUGUCAUGACCCAGGACGCAAGACUGUACAGCGUGAGCAGUACGGCAGCGCCACCGAGCAUGACCACAUCCAUGGAGCCCACUGGCUACGUGGUGUCUCGAUGGUCUCGUCCAGGAAGUCCGCAAGAGCCAUCUGAGCUUCCCUCCCUGCAAGAUGGCCGUACGCGUGAUGCAGUGGGCUCUGUAAGCGAGCUGCCGCCGAGAGGGGAGAAUGGCGUAAAGCCUUGA